CUAAAGAGAAGUCAUUUACAAAACAAGAACAUGAAGACCAUUUUGAUACAGAUUGUAAAGAUAAACAAACUGGUAAAAGUAGUAAGAAAUCUCAUAAAAAAAGUGAAAAAAAUAAAAGAGACCAGAGAGAUAAAGAAGAACUAAGAUAA